AUGAAUACUGAAUAUUACGAACCGGUAACGAUAUUCCGUCAACCAGCAAUUAACAUCAAAAAAAAUUUUAGAAACUCCACUUAUCAAAAUGGUAUUGGUCAUAACAAAUUUCAAUAUAAUAAAUCAUGGCAGACAAAUACAUCAAAAAUGGGCGGAUCCUCAAAUUUAAGAAAAGUUUCAGGUGAUUUUAAUGAUUAUUAUACGACUAAAAAAUUAAAAUCAAGUUAUUGGAAUAUUAAUCAUAAUACGAAUGAAAAUUUCAAUAAAACUAUACCAAAUUCGUUAUCAAUCAAUGAUUCUACAAUUAUACUUUCAAAUGGUGAUUCUAAAGAUAAUCUCAAACUAUACAAUCUGAACAGUAUGAAUAAUGAUGUGAAUGAAAACAAAAUAAAACUGCAAACAUUACAAUCCAUUACCGUACCAGGUACACCAAUCACCACUUCAGCUACGAUAUCAUUACCUCACAAUAACGAAAGCCCGUUCAUUUUAACAGGUCAUCAAGAUGGACAAGUGAAUUUAAUCUCCACAUCACUCACUGAAGGGAAUGCCAAGAUAAUAAAACGGUUUAACCAUAGCAAGUAUUUAACUAGUAUAUCAUCAAGAGGGAGCACAUCACGAUGUUAUAAAUCACAAUUAGACAAUAUAUUAAACAAGUUUGAAUCGAAACCAAUUCGCAACUUAAAAUUCAAGAAUUCUAACGAAUUUAUAUCAUUAAUUAAUGAUUCCAUGUUUAUUUAUGACAUAAACGAAAAUAAGACCCCUAAAUUUUUACAAAAUUUCCCAAUGAUUGAAUCGUUUGCAAUUAAUCCUUACCAUGAUGAUGUCUUGGCACUUUGUGGAUCUGAUUUCGAUAACGCUGGUAUUUCCUUAUUAGAUCUUCGUAAGGAUAAUGAUAAUCAUACUAGUAACAAUUUAUUCACACCAAAGGUAAUGGAACCAGUUACAAGAUGUGCGAUCAAUUCAAAGAGUUGUGAAUGGAUGGACGAAACAAAAUUAUUCCAAAGUCAUAAUGGUAUAAUUAAAGUAUGGGAUAUUAGACAAACUAAUGGUGAAACUAUUUGUGAAAUUGAACCAAAUUCUCAUUUUAAAACUGGUAUUAUUACAUCAAUUAAGUAUGAUUCCAUUGAGAAGAAAUUAUAUUCUUGUGAUGAAUUCAAUAAUUUAAUUAGUUGGAAUUUACAGCAUUUAGAAAAAGUGAAAAAAUGUGUCUUAUCAUAUGGUAUAUUACCAUCCUACGAGAAUAUACCAUAUGAGUCUGAAGAAGUAAGUGAAUGUGGUAAUUUUAUUCUAAAUUCUUCAAUGGGUAAAUCAGAAGGAAGGAAAAAUAAUAGUAAUAUGAUGAUGGACUAUUGUUAUGAUAUUAAUGGGUUAAUUACUGUUGAUUUUGAAGAAUUAGGUGUGCAUCAAAUUUGUGACGUUAAAUGUUCAAUUCAAGAUGAUAAAGAGGGUUACGAAUUAGUUGAACCACAGUUAGAAGGAGAAUAUAAUAUUCAAGAAAUUGACGAAGAUGAAGAUGUUACAGAUUCGUCGAACGAGACUUUAAUAUUCUCAGAAUCAUAUGAUGUUUCUUCAAUGGAAGCUUAUGAAGGACUCGUAGAUAAUAAUCAUGAUGCGAUGAUGGUAACAAAAAAGAUGUAUUGA